AUGACUCGCCCGACCAAGACGCUCAAGGCAAAGACACCCACGAAAAAAGACCUUCAGGAACAAGUCCGGCUCCUCCAAGAAGCCAUGCAUGGAACUGUCGGCGUCGAAGCCGCCGCGUGUGCAGAUCAGGUGGUUCAAGUCACGUUGCCACCGACCUUUUACAGGGAUGAUAUGGUGGUUACUUUGCUCGAGCUCCGGUACGGCCGCUUCAAGGAGACUUUCAGCAAGUGCAACUCAAAUCAAAAGGAGUGCAGUUUGUGGGAACGUCUGCGCCUGCAGUUCAACAUUAUUGUUGGAGGAGAUAACGCUGUCACAACAACGUCGUUAAAGAACAAGGAGUACGACAUCCGUGCCAAGUACAAGGCUAUUCGCAUCAAGGAAGCUGCGACGGGGAACGACUCCGACAUCCCUAUCGACUAUCCCGUUUACUGGGAUGACAUGGUUGCAGCGUUUGGGGACAUGCGAGGAUUAGGCGACGUCGAGUUUGGAGAUGAUGUUCCAUUCCCAACAGAAAACAGUGGUCAAGCAAACAAGCGCAAGGCGGUGGAUGACUUGGAGAGCCAGCGACAACAACGAUCCAAAUCCAAGGUUGACAUUGGUGCCGGUCUGGUGUCCUUGGGCGAUGCGUUGGCUAAAUGA